AUGCGCACCGCUCUUAUUCUAUAUAGCCUUCUGUGCAGCUCCGCUGCUGCUCGCUCCCAUAACAGAGGCCAACGGAGAAGCGGGCGUACUGAUCCCAAUGCGCCUUCAGAUUGUACGCUUUUUAAUGAUGCGGUAACAAAGGAUCAUGACUGCAGAUACUUUGAAGCCAACUGGGGGAUUUCACAUCAGGACUUUGUGAAAUGGAAUCCUUCCGUUAGAGAAAACUGCGACGGCAUCGUGAUUGGAAGUUCCUAUUGUGUGGAAGUCAAUUAUGGGCUGCCUCCAACUGGUACAUCGAUAACGACCGCUGUGAAGCCAGCAACGACCGGCUCGCCUAUACCAUCACCCAACCAGAGUGGGAUUAUCGACAGUUGCACCAACUUCUACAAAGCUGGCUCGCAUGACAACUGUGAGAUCAUCGUCAAGAAAUUCGGCACUUUCUUGCUCGAAGAUUUCUAUGGCUGGAAUCCCGCGGUGGGAAGUUCAUGCAUGGGGCUCUGGACCGGGUACCACUAUUGUGUGGGCAUUCCAGGAACACCGAGUAGCCGGUUGACUACCACGUCGGCACCAAUGGCUACGAUAAUGACUCCUGCCGGACCAUCGCCAACGCAGGACGGUAUUGUCUCCAGCUGCACAAAGUACCGCAAAGCGGUCUCCGAUGAUACUUGCUUCGGUGUAGCCGCAGCAUUUAGCACCUUUACCGUGGAACAGUUUGUAGCCUGGAAUCCGGCAGUUAAGAGCGACUGCAGCGGCAUGUGGGCUGGCUACUACUACUGUGUCGCUAUUCCAGGUACCCCAACUGCGAAGCCGACAACGACCACGACCACGUUUAGCAGAGCGCCGAUCUCGGCUGGGCCUUGGCCGACGCAGGAUGGGAUUGUUACGAACUGCAAGGCGUACUAUAAAGCCGUAUUAGGGGACAGCUGUGCAGUUAUUGCCAACCGCUAUGGCACAUUCGCAUUGGAGCAGUUCAUCAAGUGGAACCCCGCUGUCAAACCUGACUGUUCUGCAGUCUGGAUAGGAUACUAUUAUUGCAUUGGUAAGUUAUACCGUAUCUAUACAUCAAAUUAA